AUGUCUGGAGAAAAGAAACAAAUGACAGAGGCUGAAAUAUUGUCACAGCUUCCUGAUGGAAUUCAACCUCGUCAAUUUAUAAAUCCCAGUAUGCCCCAGUAUACAUCAGCUAAUAUAUUUGAUCAAGAAACCACUGCUCAGAUGGUGUGGAGAAAGUUUAAAGAAAAUCCUUUUAUACCAUUAGGACUGGGCGGAACAGUAUUUUUCUUGACACGUGGUAUAUUGAACAUGGGGAAUGCCAAAGUAUCACAAAAUAUGAUGAGGGGGCGUAUACUUGCGCAGGGUUUCACUGUGAUGGCUAUCGUCGCAGGUAUAGCCAUUGAAGGUAUUAGAGCUGACCGUAAACAACGAGAAAGCAAUGAAUAA